CGGCUCCGCUCCCCGGCAGGUCCCGGCUGCUCGGCCCGGGGCCUAGGUGAUGCCCGGGGGCCGCCCGGUGCAGCCGCGGGACGCGCUCUCCGACCGCCACGACCGGGGAGCGCCCCGGGAAGCGACUUCGCCCCCGCCGAGCGCUGCCGGCCGCUCCAGCGGGAGGCGGGGGCCCGGCAGCUCUGCCCCCGCGGGCCGCGGGGCGGGCCGGGCCGGCGGGCGGCACCGCGGGGCCGGGGCUGCCGCCGGCAGGGGCCCGCCGGGAGCAGCGAGGGCGGGCGGCAUGGGGGCCGGGGCGCUGGCCGUACGCCAAAGCAAGUCGGCGGCGAGAUUGAAGGAGGACAUGAAAAAGAUAGCUGUGUCUCCCCUGAACAAGCAGAGGGACACGACCUGUCCAAAGGUGUUUGGUGUGAGUCUUCUGGAGCUCCAGCAGCAGGGAUUGAGCAAAAAUGGAAUCCCAAUAGUUGUGUGGAAUAUAGUGGAGUACCUCACCCAGCAUGGUAUGACACAGGAAGGUCUCUUCAGAGUGAAUGGCAGCAUGAAAAUGGUGGAGCAGCUGCGUCUGCAGUACGAGCGUGGGGAAGAGGUGGAACUCGUGAAAGAUGGUGAUGUGUACUCAGCAGCCAGCCUGCUGAAACUGUUUUUGAGAGAGUUGCCAGAUGGAAUUAUCACAUCUGCCUUACAUCCCAGGUUCAUUCAGCUUUACCAGGACUCUAGAAACGACAUGCAGAAGGAAAGUUACUUGAAAGAACUCCUUAAAGAACUGCCUGAUGCUCAUUACUGCUUACUGAAGUACCUGUGCCAGUUCCUUAUAAAGGUUGCUGAACAUCACGUAGAGAACAGAAUGAAUCUUUGCAAUCUUGCCACUAUAUUUGGACCAAACUGCUUUCAUGUGCCCUCUGGAUUUGAAGGGAUAAAGGAACAGGAGAUCUGCAACAAGAUUAUGACAAAAAUGCUGGAAAAUUACAAUACCUUGUUUGAAUUAGAAGGCUUGAAGAAGGAUGAAGAAAAACCUGUAUGUGAAGAGUUAGCAAAAAUAAUUUUGGUAAAAAUGACCAAACCCCCAGUGGAGCCAUCCAGCCAAAUGUGCCUAUUGCCACAACCAGGCCAGUCAGAUGGAAUACCUCAAGUCAGCCUCCGAUUAACAGACAGUGCUUCAUGUGGGAAGGAGGUGGACUUAGCAGAUGAAAUCUCCUUUGUUAACAAUGAUGUGUUUUUCUCCAGCUCCCAAGAAGAUGAGCGGCCUAUGUCACCCUUCUACGUGAGUACCCACGUAUCACAAGUCAGUAGCAACGUUCCUGCUACAGGAGAGUAUUUAGAGAAGACAAUCCGCUCAGCCGUGGAGCAGCAUCUCUUUGAUGUUCAUGGCUCAGGCGGCCAGAGUUCAGAGGACUCUGAAUCCGGGACGUCUUCAGCCUCUUCUAAUGUGUCUGCCAGGCAGAGGAGGCGACACCACAAAGAGCAGGAGGAAGCCCGGAGAAACAGAGACAUGGAAGUUGUCAACAAGGAAAACAUUCCCUCUGGAUUCAGCAGUCUUGAAGAUUGUAUUCUAGCUGCUCAAGAUGUAGAAAAAUUACAAGACACCAGCUCCGGAUACCUUAGUGAAAGAAAUAAAUCAAAACGUCAGAAAUCCAGCACCAAGCUCUCAGAGCUUAAUGACAACCAGGACAGUCCUGUGAGUAUGGAAAGCUUCAGCUCAUCCAAACCUAUAGACAGAACAGCUGAUGACAUGGAAAUUUUAUCUGAAGAAAGCAAAGAAAGUGAAAACGAUGAGGUUUUUUUCAGGCAUUCUCAGCUGACUUCAAGCAUGAAGAUUCAAGAACAUCCAAGCAUGCCUGAAAACAAGUUGCAAAGAAAUCAAGAUGCUGAUGAUCAGGAAAACAGCUUUGUAUCUGAAGUGCCUCGGCUAGAUUUAACAUCACUGUGCGAUGACAGCAACUGGGAAGAGCCCAUCCCUGCUCUCUCCUCAUGGCAGCGAGACGGCUUAGACUCAGAUGAGGCUCGCCUUUCCCCCCAGGCCGGGCGCUUGAUUCGCCAACUGCUGGAUGAGGACAGUGAUCCCAUGCUGUCCCCUCGCUUCUAUGCCUAUGGACAGAGCCAACAGUACCUGGAUGAUACAGAAGUGCCUCCUUCUCCUCCCAAUUCUCAUUCCUUCAUGAGGAGACGGAGUUCCUCUUUAGGAUCUUAUGAAGAUGACAGAGAAGACCUUACCCCUGCACAACUCACCCGGAGGAUUCAGGGGCUGAAGAAAAAGAUCAGGAGAUUUGAGGACAAAUUCGAAGAGGAGAGGAAAUACAGACCUUCCCACAGUGACAAAGCAGCCAACCCUGAAGUGCUCAAAUGGACAAAUGAUUUGGCCAAAUUCCGAAAGCAACUUAAAGAGUCAAAGCUGAAGAUAUCAGAGGAAGACCUUGGCCCUGUUGUGCGCCAGCGCAGCAACACACUCCCCAAGAGCUUUGGCUCUCAGCUGGAGAAGGAGGAUGACAAGAAGCAAGACCUGUCAGAUAAAUCUGCCCAGCCUGCAGUGGAAGUGACCUUCGACUCCAUCCAGAAGAAGCUUCAAGAGAAACGAGCAGAGACAAAUCGACCUGAAGACAUUAAGGACAUGACACGAGACCAGAUAGCAGCUGAAAAAGUGGCUCUUCAGAAAGCUUUGCUCUGUUAUGAAGGCAUUCAUGGCAGACCGGUUACCAAAAAUGAGCGGCAGGUGAUGAAGCCGUUGUAUGACAGGUAUCGCUUGAUCAAACAGAUCCUCUCCAGAGCCAACACCAUCCCUAUUAUUGGUUCCCCCUCCAGCAAGCGGAGAAGCCCUUUGCUGCAGCCAAUUAUCGAGGGCGAAACAGCUUCCUUCUUCAAGGAGAUAAAGGAAGAAGAGGAGGGGUCUGAGGAGGACAGCAGUGUGAAGCCGGAUCUCACAAUUACCAUAAAAACAGAUUUCAAUGUGCGCAGCUUCUUGGAUCAACUAGAAGAUGAUGCUGACGGCUUUGUUUCCCCGGUGGAUGAUAAGAUGCCAUCUAGGAGCAGUCAGGAUAUGGGGCUUUCAAAUCUCCACGAAGCAUCCAUCCCUGAACUGUUAGAGCAGCUCCAAGAAGUCAGGGAAGAGAAAAAGCGAAUCAGAAAAAAAUUGAGAGACUUUGAAGAUAACUUUUUCCGACAAAAUGGAAGGAAUGUGCAGAAAGAAGACCGCACUCCCAUGGCUGAAGAAUACAAUGAAUACAAGCAGGUUAAGGCCAAGCUGAGGCUGCUGGAAGUUCUGAUCAGUAAGAGAGAUAUUAGCUCCAAGAUCAUAUAAAGGAGGAGAUUGUUUUUGCCAAUAAACAAAGAGGAGAGAGCACCAAAUGGACAAAUGCAUGAAGUGAAUGCAGUGGGAGCCUGACUGGGAGAGCUGAGGAGCUCCCUGGGAACUGAACGGUCAUUCCCAGAAGUGGGAGAGGGAGAAAAGGUGGAUUUCUCUAACUCUCUACAUUUGCUGUUGCCCACGGUUUCUCCAGGCCUGAUGCCCAAAAUGGAGCUUGCCAGUGUAGGAGACACAACACUGCGCUCAGUGACUGCACUGAAGGGAUCCUUCUGUAUUGAUUUGCUUACAGAUCCUGUAAUAUUUAGAAUAUCAAAGCCAGCCAUGCUGUUCUUUUUUCCCAGGAUAUUAUAGCAAGAAGCAGAAUAGGAUUAAUAGUACUGAAAUCAUCAAAUAGCUUCUACUUCAGUUGAACAGACAAGUGCCCUGACCAAUCUCAUGUUAAGGCACAAGUCAGGCAGCACCAAGACUGUUCUCUUGUAGCUACAGUAAAGAUUUGCUCAGAUUUUUGACCGGUUUGGAGUCCAGCAUCUUCUGUUGCUGUAGAGAAAUGCUGUAAUAAUCUGGUCAUCACCCAGAGCUGGUGUGAGUUGCAGUUCUGCCCAGGCUUGAGUUGGGUUUUCUUCCCACCUUUUUGAUGACAAUUCAACCAAAGUAGAAAGCACCUCAGUUUUGGGAUAGUAAAGAAAAUGAGCCAUGCAGCCAGGUUCUUACCAGCUUGUUCUGCUUGGAGGGUGAUACUGAGACCUUCUGACCACAUUUGGGCAACAGAGAAGAGAAGAGGUUUCAAAAGCUUGAAGUCAGAGUCCCUUGGGAUUUUGGUGGUUGGUUAAAUAUCUGGUGUCAAAUAUGUGGUAGGUACCUGGAAGACCCACCCCAUUAGUAGGAAUGUUUGUCAUACAGACACGUCAGACCAAGCUGAACAGUCCACAGAGGUGUCCCACAAACUCACUCACCUAAAUUUUCUUCUGUGCACAUCAUGCCUGUGUAGGCUGCAGCAGCAACACUGAUGGUGGCAGCAAAGGAUGGGUUUUUCUUCCCAGUGUAGGAGGUAUGGCAGUACAGAGGAUACCACAGGGAACAGAGAGCAUGGAGCUGUGCUCUGCCUGUGGAAAGUGCACCUGUCUCAAGUGCAAGCUUUGACAAUUUACUGUUUCCAAAUUUGUUUAUGACUUUCAGAAAAUAAAGUCCUGGUACACCUGGCUCAGGUGUGUCUUGGUUUGAAAGGCAGGUAUCUACCAAGAAAGGCAGAAGGAAUGAAAAUGUGAACCCCCUCCCUCCGAAUUGUUAUAAUUUUGAAAUUAAGGGGCUCUCAGGCAAAGACAUGAGACAGGAAUGACAGUUCUUUACCAGUGUGUACACCAAAGCAAACAAACAACAUCAGCACAGCACUGACCCCGCCCAGAACAGGAACCCGGUCCUGCCCCCUCUGCUGCAGUUCCGGGCACGGCCAGCAGGGGCGCCGCUGGCUCCCGGCCGGGCGGGUGCGGUGCUGCCCCCGCGCCUGUGGAGGGCGCUGCGGCGCUCGGGGAGCGGGCGGUGACAGACGGGAAGGGCGGCUUCGCUCCACAAACCCCAGGGGCAGCCGAUCCCGGUGCCCCCACGGGACUCUCAGAAAACAAUGAGUAAAACAAUCUCUUUGUGGUGGUAGAGGAGAUGUAUCAGAAGCUAUUCCAGAGCUGUGGCUGGAACCACGGGAUGUCUCAGCAGGCAGGGGCUGCAGGGCUACAGUGCAGUGAAAGCUCGGAGCAGUGCCAAAGAGGCAGCGAGGGUGGCCCAGAGGAGCCUGGCUCCCAGCAGGACAGAGAGGGGCGAGCUCAGGAUCUCGGGCACCCAAGCAGAUGGGGACAGGUCCUCUUUUAGUGACGGAAGUGUUAAUAAAGUCUCAGUCCACUGGCUGCUCUCACAAGGAGAAGGCUCACCCCAGAAAGGAAGAAGCAGUACAGGACAGAAUCCUCCCCGCAGUAAGAAACAGCUUGACUGUCCUCUGAUGCUGAGAGGAAGAGUGAGACUAGCCACUGCCCCCACCCCUUUACUUGCCCAAUUCUCAUGGUAUCUCUGCUCCUUGGAGAGAAAUCCCACCCCAGAUGAGAAAAGUGCUACCAGAUACCAGAGCUUGACCACUUCUUUGUUUUUCUUAAGUACCUAUAAGUACCCAGUAGUUAAUGUUUCUUAGCAACUUAUGGGAAAAAAUCUAUAGGUAAGAAGGAACAAAAGAAAAUUAACCUAACCCCGACAAGGUGCUCAUGUCAAACAGGUGCUGCCUGAAGUAGGGAAAGGCCCCAAGUUCAGGGCUCACAGUUCUGCCAUCCUGGGACACCUGGGCUCACUCUCCCACUCCAGAGGCUUAUGUGCACCCUUGGUCUGCCCUGAGCCACACUCCACCCUGAGUCCCAAGGGAGAGCACUUCUGUAAUGCUUUCUUCAACUCCCCAGGGGAUCACUGCCAAUGUACAGAAGCCAAAUAACCAAGAUGAACUCCAGUGUUGGUUGUAGCCAGGCCUCAUGCAUGUCACACCAGCGGAGCCAAAAGGACUCCCAGAACAACUUCUCCCCCUCCCUUCUUUAUUAAGGGCAAGUGGGUUCACAAAUACUUGUAUUUAGUUUGUGGUACUUAUGUAAGGGUACUUUAUUCCCUUUCACUUGCUAUGUAUGCUGUGUGUGUUCUUGCCAAAAUUGCUUCUAUUUUGGUCUCUUUGGGAUCCCUUGAACUCUUCCAAAGGUGGUCAUGGGCUGCACGUGCACUUUGCUAAUCAGGGUGGUUGUCCUAGUUUAAGGCAAAUUGCCUCAACUGGUUCGGGAAAAGAUGUCAUUGGAGAAAAGUGGAAAAACUGUUUAUUUAACAAGCAAAGCACUGACAAACAUAAAAAAAUGAACAAUACCAAACAAUAAAACCUCUUGUUGUUCUGAA